AUGUUCAAAUUCCUCCUGCAUGUUUGGAUUUUAUGGUGGCUUUUAGAAGGUACAUCCUCUGAUGGCGACGUCAGCGGAUGCGAAGAGCAGCCGUGCCAAAACGGCGGAGUUUGCGAAAGCCACCUGGGCGCUUUUAGAUGCCUUUGCUCCCAGCGACCCCUGCGCGGCCGUCUCUACGGGGGUCCGACCUGCGCCGUCACCCUUUCGGGCUGUGACGGCAACCGAUGCGAGAACGGCGGCACGUGCUCACCCUUACUCCUAAGCGGGAAACACGUUUACACGUGCACCUGUCGCGCCGGCUUCUCGGGCUCCAGAUGUCAGACCUCUAGCGUCUUUUCAUUCGAGAGCCCGGGUUACGUGUACGUGGAGACUCAUCUCCUAGACGCGGAAGCUCCUCUGAACGUGACGCUGAGCUUCCGUACGGAUAGACCGGCGGGGACUCUUUUGCAACGUCGGGUGGACGGCCUCCUUCUUAGCGUGGAGAUCGUGGAUGGAAAAGUGUGCCUCAAGAGUCUGAAAAACCAAGGAUCCAGCACUUUGGUUCAGCAGCUACCGGAGUCGGUCUCCGACAGCAAAUGGCACACCCUGGAGGCCUCGCUGGGCGGGGUGGUCAGCCUGAUCCGCCUCCUCUGCACUGAGGGAAACUGCAGCAGUGAAAGCAAAAGCGAGGUCAGAGUUGCAGAGGUGGCUUCCGCUCUCCCGCCUCUCGAGUCGCUCCGUCAAAGUCUCUUCGUUGGCGCGGCUCCAGGCGACCCAGCGGAAGCUUUUCUGGGCUGCCUCAGAGACGUGUCGGUGGGCUCCCAUCUGGUGGUCCCGGUCACGUCGGCCAAUCGUUCCGGCGCCCUGGUUAACGUCACCGCGGGAUGCAACGAUAACGAUAAAUGCGAGGAGGGACCCUGCCGGAACAGAGGCCGUUGCAUGAGUCGGGGUUGGAGGAGCUACAAGUGCCACUGCCAAAGACCUUAUGAAGGCGACAACUGUGCAGAAGAGUACAUCACCGCCAGAUUCGGGAGCAAAAACUCGGAAAGCUACGCCGUCUUCUCGAUAGACGACGAUCUCGGCGAAACCUUGACCGUGUCGAUGUUCGUCCGAACCAGACGACCCAGAGGCCUCCUCCUGAUCCUGGCCAACAGCACCAGUCAGUACUUCCGCCUCUGGUUGGAUCAGGGCCGUGUGAAAAUCCAAGUCAACAACUUCGAGACCCUGCUCGGCCAAAGCGCCGUCGACGACGGCCAUUUUCAUCUGGUGACCGUGAAGCUAAACGGGUCGGAGGUGACUUUGGUCCAGUCGGCCACGAAUCAAGGCUCUCGAGCCGUGAGGCACAUUUGGGCCCAACGCGGCGAUCGGGUCUUUGUGGGCGGGCUGGCGGACCCGAGGGCCUCCGCUACAUUUGGGGGCUACUUGAAAGGAUGCGUUCAGGAUCUGAGAAUGAACAGUAAAAGACUGCAGUUCUAUCCUAUAGCAUCAUCUGUGGAAUCCUACAAUCCGGAAAAACUGAUUAGCGUCGAGUCGGGAUGCAGUAGCGACAACGCCUGCGCGGUUAACCCUUGUCUCAAUGGUGGUGUCUGUUAUUCCAUGUGGGAUGACUUCACCUGUAACUGCCCGCCCAACACGGCAGGUCAACGCUGCGAGGAGGUGAAAUGGUGCGAGCUGUCCCCCUGUCCCGCCUCCACCGUGUGCCAGCAGAGCUCGCGAGGCUUCGACUGUUUUUCAAACAUAACAAUCCGUCCAGAAAAUGGAAUUUUGCAGUACCGAUACAAAGGGAACAACAACAGCCUCAGCAGGAUUUCCCUCAGCUUCCGUACAAGACAGACGGAUGCCACCGUAUUCCACGUGCAAAGUGGCUCCAGUUACAUCACCGUCUCCAUUCAAGAGUCCCGCGUGGUCAUGGACCUCCGCAACUCCACGAGCAUCUGGAGCGAGGGUCCGAUCAAUGACGGGAAUUGGCACUCUAUGAGCCUCGGCGUGGACAAAACGACCUCUCGGUGGGUCGUCGACGUGGACGCCAGUAGAGAGGAAAUACCCCGGUUAAGUGUCGAGGACUUGGAUUUACUAAGAGAAGACACCGAUAUCUUCCUAGCCGGGCUAAGCUCGGAGUCUCCCGUGAAUUUCUCCGGAUGUCUGGGCCCCGUUCAAAUCGGAGACCUUCUCCUCCCUUUCCACUUGGACACUGAGUUGAAACUUCCCAGGCCUCAGGAAGAGCAGUUUUCACGGUUAAACGCCAACGCGAGUCCACGCUACGGCUGCCGGGGGACGAGCGUAUGCGAGCCCAAUCCUUGUGAAAACCGGGGCACGUGCGAGGAUCUCUUCGACGCGCAUCGCUGCGAUUGUCCCUCGACGUGGAGAGGUCACUCGUGCCGAGAACCGAGUGACACUUGUGUGCUUCGGCCAUGCGUUUUUGGGAAUUGUACCAACUUUCCGGGGGGGUACCGAUGCGAAUGUGAGUGGGGAUACACGGGAUCACAGUGCCAGAUGGAAGUGGAUUUCUGUGAGAACAACAAUUGCAGUCAUGGUGCCACGUGCCUGAAAGGAUUCCAGAGCUACUCCUGCCUCUGCCCCCAGAACCUGACAGGCCAAUUUUGCAAUGUGAAAAUUCCCGAGAUCCCAUGGUACAUCGAGACACGCCCUCUUCCUCAGCUGCCUGUGUCAAAAUGUACGGGUAUGAGACGCAACUUCACUUGCUAUAACGGAGGCAACUGUUCAGCAGUGGACGACGACUGCCUAUGUCUACCUGGAUUCUCGGGACAAUGGUGCGAGAAGGACGUGGACGAGUGUGCCUCGGAGCCAUGUAUGAACGGCGGCUUCUGCCUCAACUACGUGGACCGAUUUGAAUGCGUGUGCGAUUUGAAUUACUCGGGUAUCCACUGCCAAAUAGACGUCAGUGACUUUUACAUCUACGUCUUCUUGGGUCUGUGGCAGAACCUGUUCCAGCUGGUGUCCUACCUCAUCAUACGCCUGGACGACGAGCCGGAAAUCGAUUGGGGCUUUGAGGGUAACGAUUAG